GUCCUCAACACUUCCUCGCGAGCCGGAAACAAAACAAGCGUGUCAUGUGAUUCCUGCUGUUAGCUCCUGGCUGUUAUGUUGCUGCUCGAUGUUAACUGAUUCAGAGAAGUAGCUCAGCGGUCUGGAGAACACGAUAGAAGACUGGCCGCCAUGGCUGAUGAUUUGAAGAGAUACCUGUAUAAACAGCUGCAGAGUGUUGAAGGUCUUCAUGCUAUUGUAGUGACAGACAGGGACGGUGUUCCGGUUAUCAAAGUUGCCAAUGAUAACGCCCCGGUCCACGCGCUGAGACCUGGCUUCCUGUCCACGUUCGCUCUGGCCACAGAUCAGGGCAGCAAGCUGGGCCUCUCCAAGAACAAGAGCAUCAUCUGCUACUACAAUACUUACCAGAUUGUGCAGUUCAAUCGGUUACCUCUGGUCAUCAGUUUCAUUGCCAGCAGCAGCGCCAACACAGGUCUCAUCAUGAGCCUGGAGAAGGAGCUGGCUCCUCUAAUAGAGGAGCUGAGGCAGGUGGUGGAGGUGACAUAAGCUCCAACGGACAGACCGACGCUUUGCAGGACCCACAGCAAAAUCACUCGUCUGGAUCGCGUCCUGCCCAUGGAAUCUCUGUCUCUAAAAGGGUGCAUUCAUGUCCUGUGGGGAAAACCUGUCCCGAGGUCUUCACACUUCCAAAUAAUUUCUUGGAAGUGUUAGCAUCUCCUGACCUGUUUACGUUAUGAUUCAAUUUUCCUGUACACAUUUAUUUCUGUUGACUUUGCUUUCUGCCAUUUUCUAUAGACUUUAGGUGCUCCUCAUCAGCAUUUUCACAGCUAAGACAGAGUUUAUAUGUCGAAUCAAAUGUCAUGAAGUCUGAAUAAAUGUUAAGUUUUUGCACCUAA